AUGGAUUUUACACUAUCUUCGACAAUAACAUCGUCCGAUUGUAAUCAAUCGUUAGAUAUAAUAUCUAUGGAAACAUCAUCUUCUACAAAAAAAUCAACACCAGACUAUGAACAAAAUAGUACAAAUUUUUUACAAAUAUUUGAAGAAUUUACUGAAAAUGAACAAAUAAAUAUUAUUGAAGAUUUUUUAAAACGAAUGCAUCAUCAUCAAUUAAGUAAAAUAAAUUCAUUUUUAGUUCCAAUGUUACAACGUGAUUUUAUUGGACAAUUAUCAACUAGAGGACUUGAAGCUAUUGCAGAAAAAAUUCUUGGCUAUUUAGAUGAUAAAUCUUUAUCAUCUACUGAACUUGUUUGUCGAGAAUGGUAUCAUGUUGUUUCACAAGGUAUGUUAUGGAAGAAAUUAGUGGAACGAAAAGUAAUGUGUGAUACAUUAUGGCAUUGUUUAUCAGAAAGACGGGGUUGGUCACGUUAUCUAUUUCGUCAAAUGUUACAAAAUGGUGAAUUACAAAAAAAACAUGAAUUUUAUCGUCGAUUAUAUCCACAAAUAUGUAAAGAUAUUGAACGAAUUGAAACAAAUUGGCGAACGGGAAAUUUUACAUUACAAAAAAUUCAAUGUCGAUCACAAAAUAGUAAAGGGGUCUAUUGUUUACAAUAUGAUGAUGAAAAAAUUAUUAGUGGAUUAAGAGAUAACACAAUUAAAAUAUGGGAUAGAAAAACAUUAGAAUGUACAAAAGUUUUAACAGGACAUAGCGGUAGUGUUUUGUGUUUACAAUAUGAUGAAAAAAUGAUUGUCACUGGUUCAAGUGAUUCAACAAUUCGUAUAUGGAGUGUAAAAAGUGGUGAAUUAUUAAAUACUUUAUUACAUCACUGUGAAGCCGUAUUACAUUUACGAUUUACGGAUGGAACAAUGGUUACAUGUUCAAAAGAUCGUUCAAUAGCUGUGUGGGAAAUGAAUUCACCAACGGAUGUUACAAUACGUCGAGUACUUGUUGGACAUCGAGCAGCUGUUAAUGUUGUCGAUUUCGAUGACAAAUAUAUAGUGAGUGCAAGUGGUGAUCGAACAAUCAAAGUAUGGUUUACAACAACGUGUGAAUUUGCUCGAACGCUAUUAGGACAUAAGAGAGGCAUUGCAUGUUUGCAAUAUCGUGAUAAAAUUGUUGUUAGUGGUAGUUCCGAUAAUACAAUUCGUAUAUGGGAUAUUGAUUGUGGUCAAUGUUUGCGGGUAUUAGAAGGUCACGAUGAAUUAGUGAGAUGUAUUCGAUUUGAUUCGAAACGUAUUGUAAGUGGGGCAUAUGAUGGCAAAAUUAAAGUAUGGGAUUUAGAACAAGCACUCGAUCCACGUUCACCAGCAAACUCAUUGUGUAUUCGAACAUUAACGGAACAUACCGGUCGUGUAUUUCGUUUACAAUUUGACGAAUUUCAAAUAGUUAGUAGUUCACAUGAUGAUACAAUUUUACAGUUUAAUUUUCUUAAUUUAACAAGUGCAGAUAAAGUAACAACAACAACAACAACAUCUACGCCAAAUAGAUCUCACCAAAUUCAUCAUCAACAACAAUCACCACAGCAUCAACAAUUAGUUCCACCUCCACAACCAUUACUUUCUGU